CGCACGCGCGGCCGCCCAACGGCCGCCAGGCAACGGUCGGCGCCGCCUCCCGUAGCCGCGCAUCGGCGGAAACUCCGCGGCCCCGGAGCGCCGCCAUGGCGGAGGGACGGCAGGGGCCGGGGCUGGGGACGGCGCUGUCCGCGGCGCUGCUGUGGCGGCUGGGCCUGGUGCUGUACGGCCUGCACCAGGACGGCGCCAUGCGGCUGCGCUACACCGACGUCGACUACCGGGUGUUCACGGACGCGGCGCGGCUGGUGACCCAGGGGCGGUCGCCCUACGGGCGGGCCACCUACCGCUACACGCCGCUGCUGGCCUGGCUGCUGACGCCCAACGUGUACCUCGCCGAGGUGUUCGGGAAGCUGCUCUUCGUGGCCGGAGACCUGGCAGCCGCCGGCGUGGCCUACCGGGCGCUGCGGGGCCGGGGGGUGCCCGCCGGGCAGGCCUGCGGGUGCUGCGCCGCCGCCUGGCUCUUCAACCCGCUGCCCAUGGCCGUGUCCAGCCGCGGCAACGCGGAGGCCCUGGUGGCGCUCCUGGUGCUGGCCACCCUGCACCUGCUGCAGGAGGGCAGCGUGGGGAGGGCCGCCGCGUGCUACGGGCUGGCCGUGCACCUCAAGAUAUACCCACUGACAUACGCGCUGCCCAUCGCGCUGCACCUGCUGGGCAAGCGGUGCAGCGGGGAACGGGCAGCGGGUGCGGGGUGUGACAAACUAGCAAAAUUUAGGACCAUGGGGUGCCUCCAGCAGCUGGUGGUAAAGAUGCUGAACCGUGACGUGCUGCUUUUUGGAACGGUCACUGGAGCUGUGCUGGCCGCCUUGACCGUUGCCUUUUAUCACCUGUAUGGCUGGGAGUUUUUGGAGCAUGCCUACCUGUACCACCUGACCAGGAGGGAUAUCCGUCACAACUUCUCUCCCUAUUUCUACAUGUUGUACUUAACUGCAGAGAGCAAGUGGAGUUUUGCCCUUGGGCUCGCAGCUUUCCUGCCCCAGCUGCUCCUGCUCCUGGUUGUGUCCUUAGCGUUUUACAGAGACCUUGCUUUCUGUUGUUUCCUACACACUGCCAUUUUUGUCAGUUUUAACAAAGUAUGCACAUCCCAGUAUUUUGUCUGGUAUCUCUGCCUUUUGCCCCUUAUACUACCUAAUAUUAAGAUGUCAUGGCAUCGCAGUGUGCUGCUGCUCUUUCUGUGGUUUGUUGGACAAGGCCUGUGGCUUGCUCCUGCAUACUUUCUGGAGUUUAGAGGUUAUAACACUUUUUUACUUAUAUGGUUGGCUGGCUUGCUUUUCCUUUUUAUUAAUAGCUUCAUACUCGUUCAAAUUAUUUCACAUUAUCAGAAAGAAACACAAGUUGCCAAAAAACUCAAACAGCGGUAGUAAAUAGGCCAGAAUACAGAAACAGCAGGGCUGCCAGUAACAAGGCUUUUCAGACCACCAGCACUUUGUUAAACAAAUAUGGGUACAUUGUACUAAUGUGUGUUGUUUGUAAGCAGUACUUCGUCAAGGCUCUGAGGGCACCAAUAGUUGUCCAGAGCUACCUCCGUCUUGUCUGGAGCGGUGUCUGCAAGGGUACUUGUGCUGCAUGGACCUUGAAACUGUUCUGUAGGCUUGUCUCCGGCUAUGUCUCCUGCUGCUGCUCCUGACUGGACUUGCUGGAAGGACCCUGGACCUGGUUCAUCACUUGCCACAUCUGGGGCUGUGGAUGGACUCUGUUGCCUGCACCAUCUCCACCUGCUGUUUGCAGACACAGUGGGGCUGUACCCCAGUCAGUGAGGGAGUGGCUGUUCUGGAGCACCCUCAGCUCCUGGCUCGUACCUUCCCAUGGAGUUUUUCUACUUAGUUUGCUCUGUCCUUGUAGAGGCCUGUGGCCUUUGGCUAGCAGAACACAGAAAAUGAUAAAAGGAUGUUGAGAGUUCAGCAGUCUUGUACAUUCCAGUAAGUGGGUGGUGGUUUCUUGGUUUUCUUUUGUUUUUCUUUUGCAAGGGUGAAUCUAUUUGAAUAAAGAAAUCACUUAA